AUGGCAACCAUAAGUACCUUCUUUCGCCUCCUCUUAUUGAUCUCCAUCGUGCCAGCCCUUGUCCCGCAAGACUCUAUCUUCGACGUCGAGUUGGUACAUCGCGACUCCCCCAAGUCACCACUAUACAAUAGCUCAAUGACGCCCUUCGAUCGCCUGCAGGCCGCAGUUGUCCGCUCGGUCAACCGAGCUAGCUACUUGAAUGAGCGCAUUACCAUGAAGGCCUCCAUUGACAUACAGCUCAACUUGCUCUAUAUGGAUGCAGAAUUCAUGAUGAGGUUCAGCAUUGGCACGCCAAACCUGCAAUAUGUGUGGGGCAUCGUCGACACCGGCAGCGAUCUAAGCUGGGUCAACUGCGUUGACUGCCAAUGCUUCAAUAAGACCGCCGCCCUAUUCAAUCAAAGUGCAUCCCUCUCCUACAAGAAGUUAUCAUGCAUUUCUAAUGAGUGCAGGAGCUUUAGCCGGGGUCGUUGCACUGAUGAUCAGUUGUGCAAGUACCAUUAUGGCUACAUCGACGGCUCCAAUAUCAAUGGAAUUUUCUCCUCGGAAACCUUUAGUUUCACCUCAUUAGAUACGAAGCAAACUACAUUCAUUCCAAAUAUGUUAUUUGGUUGCAACUUCUGGUCCUUGAACACCAAAGUAAAUGACCCUGGCAGCGUUAUUGGAUUAAGCCCCAGGCCGCUGUCUCUGAUCCACCAGCUCGCCCCUAAGUACAUCAGCAAGUACUUCUCCUACUGCUUGGAUGAGGGAGUCGGUAGCAGGCUCUUCUUGGGACGCGAUAAAAAGAUGGUCACUGGAAAGACGACCGUCACACCGCUCAUGACGCAAGACGGCUAUUAUGUCGUGCAGCUUAACGCCAUCUUGAUCCCGGAUGAGUUCAACAUCUUGAUUACUAGGAAGUCUAAGUUCAGGGCUGGGAACAUCAUCUUCGACUCCGGCACUGUCAUGACCUUGUUGGACACUCAAGUGGUUGACCAAUUGGUGAGUGCAUUGACGAAUUACGUUAGCUUGCCAACUGUGGAGAUGAGUCACUACAAAUUGUGCUUCACUGUGCUCUCAACAGAGCAAGAGGAGAUGCUUCCGGGAAUGUGGUUCUCGUUCGAUGGGACAUUGGGGAACUUCAUGGUGAGCCCUGAAAACCUGUUUAGGUGGUCUGGUCGGCAUGUGAAAUGCAUGAUGAUAGUGGGAACAGUUGGUAUACAGAUCUUUGGGAAUAUUAUGCAGCAAGAUGUUUUGGUUGGACAUGAUCUAGAUAAAAUGGAAUUGACCAUUAUAGAGAAAAAGUGCAGCGAGUUAUACAAACUCAAAUAA